AUAAAGAGAAAUGACCUCAGCUUUACUCUUGUGUGAAAUAUAAUUUGUUUUAUUGGGUUGACAAAGCCUUGAUGCCAGAACUGCACAACGUUGAUUUUUCUGGGGUUCGUUUUGUUUGUUUGUUUGGGAGGGUCUUUUUGCCCUAUCCCAACCCCCAUGCCCUGGUUUUUCAAGAUAGAGUUUCACUUUGUAGACCAGACUGGCCUCAAACUCAGAGAUCCACAUGCAUCUGCCUCUCAAAUGCUGAGAUUAAAGGCGUUUUUAAAGAUUAAAUGUUUUUAAGGCCAGUCUGUUUGUAAAUUACUUCACAAUUCGGCCAACGAAGGACUUGUAAAAAUGUCACAAGUAGAUAUGAAAAGACAAUCAAAUUUUAAAAUAGACAAAAUAUUUAAAUAAGCACUUCACAGAAGAAACUAUUCAAAGGCUUAUAAUCCUCAUAUUUGUAUAAGAUAAAUGCAGAUGGGAGCCACAGUGAGAAACCAUUGCAUACCCAUUAUACUGGCUAAAAUUAAAAAGUGUGGCAAUAGAUCAGGGCGCUGGUACAUACCUGUAAUCCUGCCAGUGGGAGGCUGGGUCAGGGGGAUCUUUCCAAAUUUAGAGCUAGCCUGGUCUGAAUAGUGAAUUUCAGGCAUGUUAUGGCUAUAUAGUGAGACCUUGUCUCAAAAAUACAAAAUCACCAGCACAGACGAGACUGACAAGAACAAGACCUAAUGAUGUAGAUCAAAUGCAACUCAUGCUUCUGGGUGGGUUCAUGACCUAUCGCAACUAUCAUGGAAAUCAGUUUGGCUGUAUGCGCUAAAAGUUGGAGCGGUCCUCUAGCCUUACUACUUCUCAGAGUACUAGACAACAGAAACUUAUGUUAUUCAUUCACCGAAACACAGGAAUGUCCAUAACAGCAGUCUGAAUGCCCAUCAAACUAGAAUGGGUUAGCAAAUGCCUUCUAUAACAAAGUAGAUGGCCAUCAUGUGUAUAUGUGAACAAAAGAACCCAGAUAAAAAUAACUGCAUACUAGGUGAACUCAGUUCAAAAAUGGGCAAAACAAAUCUAUAGUGUAAGAGUCCUAAGUGUUACUUUUGCAAGGAUAAUGCAUAGAACGGUUUUAAGUGGGGGAAUUUCUGCCUUGUAAUAUUCUUUUUCCUGGUGUGGCUAUAGUUGGUACUGUGUAUACUUCAUGAAAAGCAAUCAGGUUAAUACAUAUGAUGUCAGUUGUUUACAUUUAUAUUGUCUUAAACCUCUCACUGCUCAUGUGACCUUAAAGAUGUUGCUAUGCUUUCCCAACUCAAGAGAGGUGAGGUGCUUCUGCUCCCAUUGCUCUGUCAACAGGCUGUGCUCUUAGAACUCCAGUAACUUCUGUGCUGUCCACCAACAUAGGCAUCUUGCACAGUCUCCCUUACUUAAUCCAAACCAUGUGGGUGUCUCUUUGUUUUUCUCCAUUGAAAUUGUGUAACACCAUUUGCUGUUCAUCUACCCACCUCUGUUAGUGUCAUCUGGGUCAGUCACCUUUGUGAGCUCCUUAUUUAUCUAACUCAUGAGUUCCUUCAUAGGUAAUCCUCUUCUUAAUCUACCUAUCCUAGGUCAUGCCUCAAAGUCAUGGAAAGUUUUACCUGUCACACUUAAUGAAAAUGCCUCAACUAUCUUUGUCUCAAACAUUUCUUCUGAGCUCUGAUAUAUGGCUCCAACUUGACUUUGGUCACAAAGUCAUCGUAAAAUGAAUAUGUUGAGUCUUAAAUUGAUUUUUCCCUUCUAAUUCUAACAGCUCAAACAUCUAAUUUCUCAGUUAGAAAGCUUGACAUCAGAGCUGAUGGCUUAUCAGGAUAAGGUGUUUGCAACCAAGCCUGACAACCUGAGUUCACUCCCUAAGACCCAAAUUGUAGGAGAGAACCAGCUCCCACAAUGUAAUUUUGAUUUUUUUUAAUUUUUUUAAAUUUUGACUUUUAUUUUAUGUGUAUGGAUGUUUUGCCUGUGUGUGUGUUCACCAGUUGGGUGGCUGGUACUCAUGGAGGUCCAGAAGGGAGCAUUGAGUCCUCUGGGCAGAGUCACAAACACUUGUGAACUGCCGUGCCAGCUGUGCCAAGUUGUCAGGGAGAGCAGCCAGUGCUCUUAACCAAUGGCCCGUCUCUCCAGCCCCAAAUGUAAUUUAACAAAAGAAAAAGAAAGAAAUCUCGGUUUCAUUCCCGAGUCUCAUUCUCAAGCACAUAUGUGCACACACCCCAUCCAGACUGCUGUGGCGCCUCUGCAACAGAUCCAUCCUCUCCCCCGUCCUCAUUGUCACGGUCCUAGUCCAAGCUACUGUCAUGCUGUGGUAGCUGCUGCAGCAGCUUCCUGUGGUCUAUCUACACUCGUUCUUACCCGCUAUUUACACAGAAAUCAGAGUGAUCCUUUUAAAAACAUGACUAACAUGGGCCCCUUGAGGUGGCUCUAGGUAGAAGUGCCUGCCACCAAGAUAACAACUUGAGGUCAGCUUGAUCCCCGACCCAACAUAGUGGAAGAAGAGAACCAAUACAGGUCUUUAACAUAGCUCCAUGUGUGUGUAAUUUGGCUCCUGACUAUCUAUCUGUCUUUGCUACUUGCCUCUCCUCAUUUUUCUCCAGAGCACCAGAUUCCUCCCCCACACUUCAGAUUUUUUUGGGGGGGAGAGGGGCUGUGUGUGUGUGUGUGUGUGUGUGUGUGUGUGUGUGUGUGUGUGUGUGUGUGUGUCUAACAUUAGGUCUAAUAAGCUUCUCUGUGGAAAAGUACCUACUUCAGCAUUUGGCUCUCGGUGACGUUACUUCUUCAGAUGGGCUUUAUCUAAAUGAUGCCUUCUACUGUUACUCUAUAGCUUACUACAGAGUAGUAAGCUCUUUUUCUGAAUAGGAUUUUCACAAUUUUAAAAUUGUUUAUUGACGUAUGCAUUCAAUAUCUUGCACCUAAAGGUGAAAUUUUUCAUGAAGGCAGGGACUACCUGUUAUUAUUGUAAUCCUAGCACCUUACUCAUGAUUGGGUAUAAAUUAUAUGUUAGAAAACAUAUGGUAAACAAGAAAAUGUGUCACGGAGCCUUAAACUGCACUUGGGGGAGCACUGUAUAGUUGCGUCCUGUGCCCUGGUCAUAGGAGAUUAUUUCCUCUGGCUCAGUCCUUCUCAGCAGCGUCCUCAGAAACAGGCACUGGGUAGUCAUCGUGAUGCCUGAAGACAGUUUGUGAUGGUCAGCUGGUCUUCCCAGUACUGAGCUAAACUGGCUGUGUGGGCAGGUUUUGUUUAAGCCUCCACAAAGGAAUAUAUACUUGCCCACAUUUCUUAGAUUGGAGCCCUUAAAAACUAAAGGCAGAGUUGAAUUCUCAGUGGCAGAAUUGGCUCACAAAUUUGUCUUCUUUUUCUAGAAUGCAGUUCUUUAGAAACCAUAACAGCCCCAGAAAGGAAAGAUGAUCUAGUAUAUUUGUUUGUUACUAAUAAUAUUGACAGUAUUGUUUGUGUUCCGAUCAUUAUAAGUAUGCCAUGAUGCUACCACUUUAAGUACAUGACACAUCUCUUCAUGAAAAUACAGCAGAAAAUGGCCACAUUUCACAGUGCUAAUGUCUUCAUAUAUCUGUAAGACACACAGAUUUUUAAAAAGUAGUCUGUGUUUUCUUAGACACUUUGUGUUUUCCCUCGUUCUUUUUAUGUUAGAGGUUAUUUUCUUAAUCGUUUUAACUAAUUUUCUUAACAUCCAAAGUAAUGAAUACCAUUGCCAUUUUCAUACACACACUGUCCACCUUCCCUGCCCCCCUACUCUUCUUGGUUAGUUGGUGCUCUUUCUUUCCCCAAGAUAAGUUCCUUUUCUGCUUUCCUGUCCCAUGUAUUCUGUUUCUCUCUUCCUCUCUUGCUCCUCUUCUUCUUUCAUAUUCCCUUCUCUCAUGUGCUACAUGUAUAUGUCCAUGAGGUGUUUAUAAAUUUCAGUCUGGAUUCUUCUUAUGAGAGAAUGUAUACAGUAUUUGAGUCUGACUUACGUACUUACUUAAUGACCUACUGAUCUGCAAGUACCGUGAUUUCACUCUUAACAGCUGAGGAGAAUUCUACUGUGUAUAAUGCACCACAUUUUCUUCACCCACCCGCCUGCUGGUGGGCAUCCAAGCUGGUUCCUCUUCCUAGCUGUUGUGAAUAGUGCAGAAAUAAACACGGGUGUGCAAGUGCCUCUGUGGUGUGCCGACUUAGAACUCUUUGAGGAAGGAUAGAGCCAGAUUGUUUGGUAGUUCUAUUUCUGUUGUUUGGAGUUGGGGAUGGAGCUCGAGGGAGCUCCAUACUGAUUUCCAUAGUAGCUGGAGCAGAUUACAGUCCCCAGCAGUAGAGAAGUGUUUCUCCCUCCACAUUCUCAGCAGCAUUUGUUUUUGUUUUCUUGAUGAUACCCCUGACUGGGGUGAGAUAGAAUCUCAAAGAAGUUUUAAUUUGCAAUUCCCUGGUGGCUAAAGUUGUUGAACACUUUCAAAUAUUUAAUGACCAUUUGUUUUCUUCCUUUGAGAACCGUUAGACCUAGUUUUUAAUUAAAUUACUAUUUUUAAAACUGGUUUCAGUAAAACAGAAUGCUUAAUUGUACAUGUGAUAGGAAAUUAUAACAGUUUGAAGUAGCUUUAUGGCUACUAGCAUUUCUUAAGACCCUUGGUGGGGAUGAGAUGGUUUACUACCAAAAUAAUGUUGUUUCAUUUUAUUUUUGACUAUUUUGCAUUCAAAUCUGAAAGUGCACCAAUGCUUACUUGGUGCCGUGGAAGGUCAGGAGGAGGCAUUAGAUCCCUGGAAAGUGAAGGUACAGAUAGUUGUGAACCAUCAAGUUGGGGCUGUGAAUGGAAUCUGGGUCCUCUGCAAGACAAGUGCUCUAACCACCGAGCCAUCUCUCUUAAACCCUACCAAUUUUAAAUGAAGUAAAGUUCAUUUUAAGAGGGAAUGUUUUUAUUAUACACUUAUUAUUUUCUGUGUAUUUUAGUGUACACUAAAUAGGAUAUUCUUAUUUAUUCCUAGAGUCUAGUACUAUUCUUAGAAGCUUUAUGUAAGAGACAAACAUGGUCAGUAUUUCUGUGGCUGGGAGCAGGGUUAGGGCUUUGGUGGGGGAGGAGGCAGAAUAACAAGAUUAACAAUUUUGAGUGCCUAGAAAAACCCACAUUUCUAACUUUAAUAUUAUUCAUCCUACCUUAACAAAAUUAUUUUCUGUGAAUGAAAUAUUUUUUAAAACUUCAUGUAUUUGUUGAUAUUUUUAAAUUUACAAGGGAUUCAUCACUAUUCUCAGGUGAGUAAAAUAGGAAGCCUCUGAGUUCACAAAUACCUGCUGCUGGCUCUGACGAGAUGAGCCUCUGCCUGCUACUGCCGGCUCUGUCUUUGGGUUUUUAAGGUGUAAAAUAUUGACUUGAGCUGGUGAAGUUAUGUCUUUAAUACUGUAGUAUUAUGCAACUAUGACGCAUUUAGACUGCAGAGGGAGAGUAGGGGGCUUAAAGUCUUCUGAAGUGGGUCGCCAAUUUAAGCAAUGUGAUUGAGUACUUUUUGUGUCCUUUUCUAAGGGAGGGGGCGGGUGGAAAGCAGUUUUAUUUUGUCAGAAAUGCAGUGUCAACUGGUGUUCGUUCAUUUACUAGAGAAACAAAAACAAAACAAAAAGCUACUACAUAAGUCUCAUGUACAGAUUUCUUCUCCCUGGUGUUUAAUUAAAAUCUCUAGCAACUCACGAUACUGAGGAUAGACUGUAGAUUAUUGGUUAUGCAGAGAAAGAAUUGGGUCAGUCAUUUCUUUCUAGCUUUCAGCCUUUACUAAUUACAGUCUUCUCAUAUGUAUUUUAACAGCUUUAUCUAAUAGCACCAUCAUCGACAAAGAACAGAUGUGUUUUAUAGUCUUUCUAUAACUAUGGACACAUCAAUAGAGUUGUUCUCUUUCUAUAAACAGUUUAGCCAGGCAUGGUGGCACAAACCUUUAUAUCCAGUGCUUGGGAGGCAGAGGCAGGCGGAUCUCUGAGUUCAAGGCCAGCCUGGUCCACUGAAUGAAUUCCAGGACAGCCACAGAUAGAUAGAUACCUUGUCUCAAAAACAAAAUACGGGGCUGGAGAGAUGGUUCAGAGGUUAAGAGUACUAACUACUCUUCUAGGGAUCCUGAGUUCAAUUCCCAGCGACUGCGUAGUGGCUCACAACCAUCAGUAAUAGAAUCCAAUGUCCUCUUCUGAUUGAUAGAUAUGUUUGAAGAGAAAGAAAGUUUAAUGUUUGCUUAUUUCAGCAGAAAUUGCCAUUUAAUUUUUUAAUUUUUUUUUAUAUUUAUUUAUUUAUUAUAUAUAAGUACACUGUAGCUGUCUUCAGACACACCAGAGGAGGACAUCAGAUCUCAUUACAGAUGGUUGUGAGCCACCAUGUGUUUGCUGGGAUUUGAACUCAGGACCUCUGGAAGAUCAGUCAGUGCUCUUAACCGCUGAGCCAUCUCUCCAGUCCAAUUAAUUUUUUAGUACAGGGAGUUGAACCUAAUUCUUCACACAUGCUAGGCAAGUGCUUUACUAUGAAACAUACUAUCCUUGAACAAGCUAGCCUUGAAGAUGUGAUCUUUCUACCUCAGUCUCUGAGUCUGCCCUGUAAUAAAAGCAUACUGAUGUAAGCGCUCUCUGCUUACGUCUUGCCCUGGAAGGUGGCCUCUAGGUGACUACUGCUACUCCAAGGUGAAAGAUUAGGGAACAGCUAGUAUAAUUGCAUCCUUGUCAUCAAAACUUAGAAAAUUCUGGUCUGGUAAGAUGGCUCAGAGGAUUAAGGCACUUGUCAUAAUGUCUGAUGACCAGAGUUCAAUCCCCAAAGCUCCCAUGAUAGAAGCAAAGGACCAACUCCCACAAGUUGUCCUCUGACUUCCAUGUAUGUACUGGAUCAUAUGUGUGCAUGUCUGCACCCAGAUUAUAGUCAGUCAGUGUAAAAACCUUUUAAUAAAAGAAAAUGCCUACCCAGUUGCCAAAACAUUAGCAAAAAUUAUUGAUCAUCAUUUUCUAUAUCAACGAUAAUAUACAACUUGUUAAUAGUUGACUGUCAACCAAUAGGAUACUUGAGUUGAAGAUUUGAAAUUCAGUAAGUGUGAGGCCAGCCUGAUCUAUAUUGUGAGUUCUAGGACAGUCAGAACUACACAGGAAGACCAUAUACAAAUUAAAUUCAGGCUAGGAAGUUGUCUCAGUUCUAAAGUGCUUGCUGCCCAAUCAUGAGAACCUGAGCUUGGCUCUCCAACACCCACAUAAAAACCAGGCACAGUAGCACACGUCCCAACUCAGCACUAAAGGACAAACAGGUAGCUCCCUAGAACUCACCGGCCGGCCAGCCUAGCCGAGUCAAUGAACCCCAGGCCCUGUCUCAGAAAAUAAAGUAGAGAAGACGUCUGUGCUAACUCUGGCCUACACAUACCUGUGCAUGCUCCUGUACAAACAUGGACAUACCACAGAUACACAAACAUGUACAUAUACACACAAACUAUGUGAAAUUCAAAUCAAGUAAGACUAUAUGUGGGACAUUGUUUUAUAAAGCAGUACUUCAGUGUAAUGAUUGUGAGAGCUUUUUUCCUCCACUAUACCUAAAUUGUUUAUUAAUUUGAUUUGGGCUUUGUUGUUUUCAAACUCAGCUCCCACAGAGAAAAGAGACUGUGUUUCAGCUGAUAUAUGAACCCUUAGCUGCAUUCCUGUUUGUUGUCUAGCACUUUAUAUUUCUAAUAAAGAUAAAUCAUAGCUCCUGCUCCAGAACUACUCAGCUGUAACCUAGCACUGCCGUUUUAUACACUGUUUUCUUUGUCUUCCAAGCAGAGCACAUCUCCCAAACCUGAGAAUCCACUUUACCUCAGUAAUGCUAAAAUGUCUUGGAAGUUAGCGAAAGGGAAAUUGAAACAUAGCUGCACCAUGGGAUCUCAGUCAGUUUUACAGCUUUCUGACUUACUUGGGAAUGCAGGUGUAAUGGUUCUGAGUGGCGUUUGCUCUCCAGAGCUUUAGAGUUGAUUGCAACUGAAAUGUAUUACAGGAAAAAAGAUAGAUGGUAUAAUUAAGAGAUUGUCAGGGAGAUCAGAAAGAACUUGUAUCUGAUAACCUAGUAAUUUGAAGGCCUGAAACAUAUUUAAAUUUGAUGCUGUUGAAAGCAGUGUUUCUGGUGUAAGAAUUCAGAGGAAAUCUACAUCCUAAAUGGUUAUAUAAAUUGAGCCUUAAACCUUACAGUACUUAUCUUCCUAAUUAUUGGGUUAUUUUCUGAACUUAAGAUAUUUGAUAUAUUUUAUUCUUCAGUUAAAGAGGGGUAGGGAUCAGGGUUAUAGGUUCUUUUAAAAGAGGAUUUUUAAGUUACAUUAAUUUAGUGUGUGUGUGUCUUUAGCCAUUGAGCAAUCCUGCCUACCUAGGGUUACAUUUUGCUUUUAUUCCUUUUUUUAUUUUUUAAUUACAUUUUUUAUUAUUAAAAUGAUUUUUCAAUUUAAAUAUAUUUUGAUCAUUUCAUCAGAGGGUUGGAGAGAUGACUCAGUGGUUAAGAGCUCUUCUUCCAGAAGGCCUGGGUCCAAUUCCCAGCACCAACCUGGCAGCUCACAACAAUCUGUGACUCCAGUUCUAGGGGAUGUGAAAUGCAGGCAAAAUACCAAUGCAUGUAAAUAAAAAUAAAUCAUUGGAUAUGUUUUUUAAUUAUAUGCUUCCUCUUCCCCAAGUCCUUUCAGAUUCUCUCCCAAUUCUUACCAUCCAACUUUAAGUUCUUUCUCAAACAACAAACAAAAACUAAAUAUAACACCCCCAAACAAAGAAAACAAAAUUUAAAAAAACACCCAAAAGGAAACAAACUGUAACCAACUGAAGGAAUACAAAAAAACUGCAGUCCGUUAUAUAUCAGUCAGCCACUGCCCAUGAGGACUGCCCUGAAAUGGUGACAUACCCAGUGUCACCCCAUUGGAGAAAACUGACUUUCCCUCUCCUAGCAGGUCUGAGUGACAGUUCUGUUGUUAACCUUUACCCUAGUGGCUAGGUAUUCAUUCAUUCAUUCAUUCAUUUUAUUAAAUAUAACAGAAUAAAAUAAUAAGAUAAAAAAUCACAAACAGCAGGAAAAGAGUCCAAAAAAGACCCAACAAUCAAAACCCACUCAUUUGCACACUUAGGAGUCCCACAGAAAUGCUAAGAGGCCAGAAUACACACACAGAAGGCCUGGUGCUGACCCUGUGAUGCUGCUUCUGUCUCUGUGAAUUCAUAGGAGCUUUGUUCAUGCUGAUUUAGAAGGCUGCCUUUUCUUGGUGUUCUCUAGCCCCUCUGCCUCUUAAACUUUCCCACUCUUCUCUAAGUUUCCUGACCUCUUCGGGGAGAGAUUUGAUGGUGGUAUCCCAUAUAUAGCUGUUACUUCAGGGUCUCUCUCUAUAUAUAUAAUAUAUAUAUAUAUAUAUAUAUAUUAUACACACACACACACACACACACACACACACACACUACAUCUGGCUCUGGGUGCCAUCUGCUGCAGGAGGAAGCUUCUGAUGAUGGCAGAACAAGGCACUGAUCAGCGAGUAUGGCAGGAUAUCAUUAGAAGUCAUUUUACCGCUAUUUGGGGGGGGGGUGUUGUUUUUUAGGACCCUGGACUAUGUAGUCUCAGGAUCUUGGUCACCCGAGCAGUGUUGGGUAUGUAUUCCAUCCUGUGGAAGGGGCCUUAGGUCAAAUCAGUUCUGUCGGUCACUCUCACAAGCUUUGCCACCUUGCAGGUGAUAGACCAUUAUAGAUAAAGGCUUUGUGGCUUGGUGUUUACAUUCCUCCUCUGAUAACAUGCAGAAUACUUUCCUGUCUCAAAGACAUUGAACAGAGGAGUCAGUACUCUAUGUAGGUGCUGGCUCAACAUCUCCAUGUUCAGUGAGUUGUGUGGGUGUUGUCCUCAGCAAUGGCGCCUUUGCUGUCAAUAACCUAUAGACCUGGCAACAGCCUGGGUUGUUGGGGAUUCCUGCUCCCUUUAGCCAACAGCCCAGUUAGAUGGAACCCAAUUCGGAGCCUUUGUUUGUUUACCAGAGAUGCCACUAGGGACUCUGUCUCCCCAAUUUAUUUGGUUGAGUUCAUUUAGAUUGUCUUCAUAUGUGUAUAUAUUUUAGUAAGUUUCUACUGUAUUAGGCCUCCAUGCUCCCCCUCAGUGCCCCUUAAUUUUAGCAGCCUCUCCCCAUAUUCCUUUCCACAACCCUCCCUCCUCCCCACUUGAUCCUCCUAUUUCACCCACACACACACACAUCCCUUCAUAACUUUUCUAUUUCCCUUCCCUUAUAAAAUAAUCUAUGUGCCCCCCAAGUCCCUUCUACUGUACUUCCAUUCUUCUGUUCUGUGGAUUAUAAUACAUGCCACAUUUGUCUUUCUGGGACUGGGGUACCUCAUUCAGGAUUUUUUUUAAGGUUUAUUUAUUUUAUGUAUGUGACUAUAUUGUUGCUGUCUUCAGAUUCCAUUACAGAUGGCUGUGAGCCACCAUGCGGUUGCUGGGAAUUGAACUCAGGACCUUUGGAAGAGCAGUCAACCAUUGAGCCAUCUCUCCAGCCCCUAGAAUGAUUUUUUCCUACUUCCAUCCAUUUGCCUACAAAUUUCAUAAUGUCAUUCUUUUAACAGGCAAUACCCCAUUGUAUACAUUGUAUACAUUGUAUAAAUGUGCCACAUUUUCUUUAUCCAUUCUUCUCUUGAGGGACAUCUAGGCCAUUUCCAGUAUCUGUGUAUUAUGAGUAGAGCUAUAGUGAGCGAGAAUUCAACACAGAAAGGAAUGUGCUUUUGUUUUAAUCCCAGCUGUGGGGUAUGGACCUGCUUCACAGCAGCUGACUGUGAUUUGCCUCAUGCUCUAGCAGAGGCAUGGUUUUGCCAGCUGCAGAUGGUUUUUGCGAUUGUGGGACAUUUGGACUUCUGGGGACUUUUUAGAGGUUAUAUAAACGCUAGGAUCCCCAAGAGGUAUGGGUUGUUGUUAGUCACAAUUUGUCAAGUACUCAUGUGCAAAGAAGAAUCAAGAAAAAGAAGAAAUUAGGUAUCCUGAGAGCAAAGAUCAAACUUGCCCCAAGGAAUUUGAUUCCCCUAAUCAGCAAGAAGUAGUCUAAUGAUAACAUUGCCCCCUUACUGACCCCUGACUUUAUUCAGGGAUCUCUUUCCUCUCCUAUCCUUUUUUUUCCUCUCUUAUCUAGUGUUAGGAGGUUGAAAGGGUGAAAGAAAAAAGAACCCACAAAGUAGCCAAAAACAGCUACAUAGAGCAGCAAGAACAUGAUUGAGCAGGUAUCUCUGUGGAAGGAUGAAGCAUCCUUUGGCUAUAUGCCCAAGAGUGCUACAGCUGGAUCUUGAGGUAGAUUGGCGUCUUCCUGAGGGACUAAUUCCUGAGCCACACUAAUUUCCAUAGUGGCUAUACAAGUUUGCACUCCCACCAGCAAUAUGUGAGUGUCCCUCUUACUCCACAUCCAUGCCAGCAUGAGCUGUCAACUUGUUUUGUUGAUCUUAGCAUUCUGACAUUCUGACAGGUGUAAGACAGAAUCUCAAAGUAGUUUUGAUUUGCAUUUCCCUGGUGGCUAAGGAUGUUAAGCAUUUCUGUAAGUGUUACUCAGCCAUUUGAGUUUCCUCUUUCGAAAAUUCUGUUGAAAUCUGUAACCCAUUUUUUUAUUUGGGUUGUUUUCUUGAUUCCUAGUUUCUUGAGUUCCGUAUAUAUUUUGGAUUUUAAACCUCCAUGGGAUGUGUAGUGAAAAUCUUUUCCCUUUCUGUACACCUCUACUUUGUCCUUAUGAUAGUGUCCUUUGCCUUACAGAUGCUUCAUGGGGUCCUAUUUCAUAAUUAUUGAUCUUAGCGCCUGUGCUAACAGUGUUUAGUUCUGAAAGCUCUUUCUUGUGUUAGUGAGUUCAAAGCUAUCUCUGACUUUCUCAUCUAUCAGGUUUAACUUAUCUAGUUUUACAUUGAGGUUUUUGAUCAAUUUGGAGUUUUGUUCAGGGUGAUAAAUAUGAAUCAAUUUGCAUAGAAAGUCUUCGUGGACUUUUAAUUUGACUAGCAUCAUCUGUUGAAGAUGCUAUCUUUCCAGUAUGUUUUUGGUUUAUCAAAAAUCAGGGGGUUGGGGAUUUAGCUCAGCGGUAGAGCGCUUGCUAGAGGCCCUGGGUUCGGUCCCCAGCUCCGAAAAAAAAGAAAAAAAAAAAAAAUCAGGUGUCAGUGUGUGUUUGGCUUUCUGUCUGGGUCUUCAGUCGGAGUCCAUUGAUGAACAUGUGUUGUUUUGCACCAACACAUGUUUUUAUUACUGUAGCUCUGUAUUUACACGUUAGAAUCAGGACGGUGACGCCUCCAGCAGUUCUUUCAUUAUUCAGGAUUGUCUCAGCUGUCCUGGGUUUUUGUGGUUCCAUAUGAAGUUGAGAAUUGUCCUUUCAAGGUCCAUAAAGAACUGUGUUAGAAUUUUGAAGGAGAUUCCUUUGAAUCUUAGUUUAUUUUGGUAGGAUGACCAUUUUUUACUGUAUUUACUAGUAAGCCAGCCAAAUCUUACUUCCCAAAAGGAUAAAUUUGUGAGAUCUUUCACUCAAGAACAGAGAUACAGGCUACCAAAGAUGUGAAUGCUGCAAAAGGUUUAGUUGUUGUUAAUAUGUUGCUUUAAAUUUUUUGUUAUAUUUUCUUUCAUCAUGCCAAGAUUCCCUUUUCUUCAGUUUUCUUUCCUUUUUAAAUAUUAUUUUAAAGUUUAUAGGACCAAGUUAUGGAACCAAGUUUAAUCAAUUAUGCAAAUGAUAAAAUAAUACUUUAAAACAUUCAUGAUUUAAACAAUUUUUUAUUUUGUUCUCCCCACUACCCCUACCACCAGUGUUACCCCCUCCUGACACCAGGGCCUUGUGUUUGCUAGAUAAGUGUUCUAACACUGAGCUAAAUUCCCAACUCCUUAACCAUUUUUAAAAGGCAUAACACUUAUCCUUUUAAACAGAGACAUUUCAGAAGAGAAAGUAAAAAUUUCACAAUGAAGCUGAACCAUAAUCAGAGCUACUGAAGAAGCAGAGAUAAAAGGAUAGCAAGUUCAGGGCCAGCCUAGGCUGGCUGCUAGAGAGUGCAAGGCCAGCCUGAGCACUUGGUGAGACCCUUUCUCAAAAAAAUAGGCAAAAAAACAAAAGGGCUGGGAGUGAAUGUAACUCAGGUAUAGAACAUUUGCCUAGCACAUAGGAGGCCCUCAGUUCAAUAACCAGUAUCGUAAAAAAAAUAAAUAAAUAAAAUUUAAAAAAAUUUUAGAUCACACAGAGACAAUAGAUAGACUCUGAAUACUGGAAUGAUUCUAAACAAGGGUGGCAUUCAUAAUUACAUUCGUAUUUUAAUAUGGUCACUGAAUCCUCUGUGGAAACAGACUAGAGACAGGUCAGACUAAUCGGAGGCUGUUAGAGUAAUCAGAGCAAGGAAAGGCUUUACCUGUGACAAUGAGAACCUAGAAAAGAAGGUCAAUCACAUGGAAGGGGGGUUGGAGGGGGGGUGAGGGAUUGGUUUUGAUGGAAAGGCAAGGCAGCAGCGUUGAAAAGGACACUUGAGCUUUUUAUUGUGAAUAAAAGAAAGUACUUUCUAGAGGACAAGGGCAAUGGAACAGAUUUAACAGAAAGAAUAUGGAUUCCGGUUUUUGUGUGUUCGUUGUAGUUUCUAUAAUACAUCAAAAGAAUACAAUCCAUUGCAGAUGCGGGCUCAGAAUUUAAAAGAGUGGGUUUAGAAAUCAGCAAUACAGGUUGCUGUUAAACAAGUGGAACAGAGAGAAAUCACUAGGAAAGCAUACAGAGAGAUCAGCAGAGGCAGAAAUAAUACAUAAAGAUAACAGGUAACAAAAUGUAUAUAAGAAGUGUAUAGGAAACUUAUGUAGUAGUGGGAAACGAAUUACAAGAGUCAUUUACAACAUCAAAUGCCGUUGAGAGGUCAGAGUAAAAAUCAAGUGGUCAUUGGACUGGGGCGAUGGCUCAGUUGGUAUAGAGUACUUGCCUUACAAGAAUAAUGGCCUAAGCUUGAUUCCCAGAAUCCACACCAUCACAAAAGGAGGUGAGGAGUGGGGCACAGUGGUAUAAUCCUAGCUCUGAGGAAGCAAAGGUGGGAUUCCUUGAACUCAUUGGGUAGCCAGCCCAACUUAAUUUUCUUGGUGAGUUCCAGGCCAGUAAGUGACACAUGCACGUACACACACAUGUCUACCAAAAGGAGCACCUCAGAGGGUACCAGUACCUGAGACUAUUCCAUAAAGUUAGAAAUAGAAAUGAGGUUACUAUAGGUUUCAGAUGGACUAGAAGUGAUGCCUAGAGUAAUCUUUCAAAUGAGUAAGUCACGGGACAGUGGUCAGGAAGAAGACAAAAAUUAAUGGAAGAUUUUCCUACAAUCCUUGUUUGGUUUUGUGCUCAUUUAGAACUAGAGUGAUUACAUCUGAAAGAAAAAUAGUAACAGUAAUCCUUGUCGCCAGACAGGUUACAAUGGUAGUAAGACAACCAAGGUCCUUGAGGAAACUGGGUCACUGCAGGCAUGGUGCCUUCUAUAGAAAAGACAGAUGCAUGAGGAAUCACACGAAAUGGAAAGACUCCUGAUGCUAGAGUGUAAGUGCCAAAUGUUACAUGAAUAAAAGAGCUGGUAGCUCAGGGAAUUAAGAAAAGUUAGCUGGCAGACUCAGCCGCAUAUCGUCUGAGUUCAGCUUUCUUUGUUAAGUCAGUGUACCAUGGAGCCACACACACUGUGCCUUCGGUUUGAUGCUGCCGAUUACAUUGCCUGUGGUACAUUUCCUUGCUUAGUCCGAUGUGUGACCUCCAUUGUCUUCAGACAUGUUCUGUAGUUCCUAUUUGCAUGCUGACUCCUUAGAACCAUCAGUUUCAUGACACCUCUCAGAGUACAGCCAAGAACAAAUUUUCUCUCUUCUCAGUUCAUAUGCUGCCACAAAACUUCCCCAGAGUCAUGAGAUGAGUACAUUUUACAUUUGGAGUUAAGAUUUAUUUUGUAUAAUUCAUGUUGCAAAUGUCCUUGAAUUAAUUUUGGCCCAGUUACUGUUUCAGUCUAUGAAAUAAAAACAGAACAUUGGGCCUGGGGAUGUAGUUCAGUUGGUAGAGUGCUUCCUAGUGUGCACAAACCCUGAGUUUGCUUUCCAGCACAGUGUAAAUUGAGCAUAGUAGCAUCAUGUGCUUGUUAUCCCAGCAUUGAGGAUGUGGAAGCCAGAGAAUAGCAAGUUCAGAGUCAUCCUUGGCUAUAUAAUGAGCUUCUGGCCAGUUUGUUACAUGAGACUCUGCUUUAAAAUCAAAAAUAAAAACUCAUUUUCUUUGCCUUUAUAUUUAUCUCCUAAGCUUUAAUUUUGUAAAGAUUUUUAAAUUCCUUAAAAAUUCUAGUAAGUUUUCAGAUGUCUCUUUUGAGGUCAGGUAAAUGCUUUUGUGUCUGCUCAUAAUCACUUUCCCAAUUAUUGAUCUUCAUUCAAAAUGUCUAGAUCAAAAUAAUUGCCACCAAUUUAUCAGCUUAUCUUUUGUGUAAGAAAUGCCAUUCUCAUCCUCCUGGUCUAAGCCACACCUUGGGACUUGCUUGUCAUCUAAUGUUCCCAGCAGUAGGACACUCACUCCCCUGCUUUUAUGAACACACGGAUGUAGUAUAGCAAGGUACUGACACACAUUUCAAAUCUCUAUUUUGAAUAAAAUUUCUACAAGCUAAUUAUCUACUCAUAUUGAAACAAAACUUUAAAAUACUAAAGUUCAGUGAGGUGUAGAGGGAAGGGUGAGUAAACAAAUAGCGAAUGCCGAAGCCUAGAAUGUUUCCAGCUGGAAGGAAUCUGCGCACCAGCCAGCUAAGUCUCAGGACUUGGAAAAGUUCUAUUUAGAACAGGGAACUCGGGAGAUCUGUCUACCUACUCCCUCCCCCAACAGAAUGAGAACCCAGAGACAGAAGCCUCGUAGGGAUGGGUUUGGGGCUCAUUCCAGAAGAACCACACCGUCUGACUACAGGAGCUCCUCAGAGGCUGGAUAAACAGUGAACAGACUCAGGAUGGGGGAGAUGGAAAGCUUGAUGUCCAGUUCUACCCUGCCGCCCCUUUCUGCAGAUGAAGACGGCUCCAAGGAGAGUAACGGUCUGGCUGUAACUGGGUUAACACACCCCGAGGGUCCAUAUGGCAGUGCAGCCACAUCAACAACCAACAACCCAGAAUUUGUGGAGGAUCUCUCCCAAGGCCAGCUGCUUCAGAGUGAGUCUUCCAAUGCUGCAGAAGGCAGUGAGCAGAGGCCUGAAGAUGAGCAAAGAAGUAAACGAGGAGGCUGGUCCAAAGGGAGAAAAAGGAAGAAACCUCUUCGGGACAGCAAUGCACCCAAGUCCCCCCUUACAGGAUAUGUUCGAUUCAUGAAUGAGCGUAGAGAACAGCUUCGAGCAAAACGACCAGAGGUCCCAUUUCCAGAAAUCACAAGGAUGUUGGGCAACGAGUGGAGUAAACUGCCUCCUGAGGAAAAACAGCGCUACCUUGAUGAAGCAGACAGAGAUAAGGAGCGUUACAUGAAGGAACUGGAGCAGUAUCAAAAGACCGAAGCCUACAAGGUCUUCAGUAGGAAAACGCAAGACCGUCAGAAAGGCAAAUCUCAUCGGCAAGAUGCAGCCCGGCAGGCCACUCAUGAUCAUGAGAAAGAAACAGAAGUAAAGGAACGCUCUGUUUUUGACAUCCCUAUAUUUACCGAAGAGUUCCUAAACCACAGCAAAGCUCGUGAGGCAGAACUUCGCCAGCUUCGUAAAUCCAACAUGGAGUUUGAAGAAAGGAACGCAGCCCUACAGAAGCAUGUGGAAAGCAUGCGCACAGCAGUGGAGAAGCUGGAGGUUGAUGUGAUCCAGGAACGGAGCCGAAACACCGUCCUUCAGCAGCACCUGGAAACCCUGCGGCAGAUGUUGACCAGCAGCUUUGCCAGCAUGCCUUUGCCUGGAAGUGGAGAAAUACCAACAGUGGACACCAUUGACUCAUACAUGAACAGAUUGCACAGUAUAAUUUUAGCUAAUCCCCAAGACAACGAAAACUUCAUAGCUACAGUCCGAGAGGUUGUGAACAGGCUUGAUCGCUAAGCACUGAUCUUAGUGCUCCAAGAUGUAGUGUAUACACUUGCACAGAACGAGAAGCCGCCCAUUGACAUUUGAACUGAGACAGGGCAGAGGACUGCAGAUCCCCCCUGUGAAAGAAUUGUCAGUAAGUGAAAUGCUUUCAUCCCAGGAAGCUGCGUGAGGGGGCAACAGAGCCGAUAUGUGAACUCUGUAGGAAUACCCUGUGUGAAGCUUUGAACGUGUACAGCCCCUCUGCUGAAGUGAUCUGCACACAUUCUCUUGACAACAUCGACCCAAGACUGACAUCUUCCUUCUCUCCGCAGCAGAAAGGGAGCUUUCUCAUUGUUACAAUCCCACUCCAGUUUUCUUACCCAGAUGUCACUUUUUUAAAUGCCUCUGGGGGACUGCUUUCCUUCACUCCUACCAAGAUACACAUCUCCAUUUUCUGACCUCUGGGUUUUGUUGCUCAGCGGGGCUUUGAAGGAGAAUUCUCAUUGGAUGGACCCAAUCUUCUCCAUCACUGCCCUGCUGUGACUCCAAAGAAGGGAGCUUCUUGUUGACAGUGCCCUGUGGAGCCAGGCAGUGUUUCCUGCCCUCCAUGGUGCUCAGUGGGUGCCAGCCCCUCAGCAGGCUCUCUGACUGCUGCCCUAAAGGACAGUGCUCCCUCCUGCCUUCCUGGUCCUGCCUGCUGAUCUCUGAGCACUGCUCCUGCUCAGACUGGGAAUCCCAGCCACAGCAAGGUUCUUCAGUCCCCAUCUGUUGGCAGUAUCUUGUGGAGUACUUUUGCUGAGGAAAAGGUCAUUGGUAAAGAGCGGGGAGGAGAGUGAUGGAGCCCACAUCUGACUAAGAGGAAACAGCAGCACGGUUCAGUGCACAGAUCCAUGCAUUGAGAUGAUGGGAACGUCUUUGGAAGAAGUUUCAUGAGCUCACAAGAAGGCACAGUGGAAUCCACUUGUGUUUGCUUUCCUCUGUAGCCACUAACUGCCGAAUCUGUGGAAUCUAUGAGGAAAAGGCAGCUUCCUUCCCUCCCUCUCCUUACUAUGGAAUUUUCUUGUUGUUUAAUCACAAAAACAAACAGGUUCUGUUUCUCUCCUCAGGGUCGGUUUUCAGUUUUUGGGUUGGGUUUGGGUUUUGGGUUGGGUUUGGGGUUGGGGUUGGGUUUGGGGUUUGGUUUGGUUGUAAGUUUGGGGUUUGGUUUGGUUUUUUGUUUUCCUUUUAUGCUCUAGAGAACAAGGAUAGAGGUGGCAGCUGAGAUCUUUGGAACCAAAGCAGAGCAUGCUGAGUCCAUGAUCUAGGCACUGGCCACCAAAGGCAGGGCCCUCACAUAUGCCCAUAAGCCAGAGCCCCCAUGCUGUGGCCACAUCACCCUGUCUUCUCCGUACUGCAUCCUCUUCUACGUGCUUUAUUAGCUAGUCCAAAGGGGGCAGCAGUAGUAAUGAGAGCUGUGUGAGCACAUGGAACUCCAUGCACUGAAACCCACAUACCACUCAUUUAGAAAAAGACCUCGUAGGCACUGCACAACCAGCCAGCUCUGCUGCCUGUGUCUGCCCGGCUCCCUCCUCCUUAGAUUGCUUGCCUGCUAAACCCAUGCUAGAACUCACUGUCUGGCAGAAGGAUACCCAAGCCUGUUCUGGGAUUUUGUCUGUCUUCAGCCAGAUGCUUCCUGCCCUUCCUUCCUUCCUCCUCAUAUUGCUGUUUCUCUCUGUGUGCAGUUCUGCGCCAUUUCCAUAGCACUGAUCUUAACACCCAGAUAAAGCUAUGGCUUGGUCCAAAGAUCAUCUUUCUCCUCUUUACAGAUGUGAUACCUCAUCUCAUCUACACACAUUUGCAUAGCCAGAAUUUAGGAGGAUGGCAAGAGAAUCUACAGGAUGGAAUCCUUGUCACAGCAACAGCUUCCUUUCAAAUACUGCCUCGCCCAGCAGCUCAACACUUGCCUUAAGUGGCUGGGAUUCAGUCAGGUUAUGCAGGGCUGUUUUGUUCCACCUUGUCGCACCCCAUGCUCAACAUAGGGGAGGAGUUAAGGGUGCAGGCUGGCCCGAGGGUUUAUUCCCUGAAGGUUCAUGGCUGAUCCUGCACCUACGUGUUCUCAAGAAGGAAGCAGUUACCAAGUCAGUGUUACACAUUCCACUCUUGCUUUUUAUUAAAACACAGGAGCAGCUGGGGAAGGGAGAUGAGGGGCUUUAUAUCUGACAAGUUUUAGAAAAAGAAAUAUUGUGUACAUGUGUUUGGAGCUGUUGAAUUGCCAGGUUUCUGUACAAGCGUUUUGUAAUUAAACUUUUGGAUUUUCUUUAAGAAGUUGAUGUGCUUGCUUGACAUUUGUCUCAUUAAAACUUUUCUGUGUUGAA